AUGGCAGGCGACAACACAUCAAACAAGCCCAAGCAGGGCGGCGUUUGCGGCGGCAACGGCUCGUCCACGCCGCAGCAGCAGCGCACACCGUAUUCCGAGUACCAGCUAGACGUUUACCGCGCGCAUCUGCUAGAGGGCCGGGGCCCGCCGGCAACGACGAACCCGCGCGGCCUGGAGCAGCAGGCGCGCGAGCACAUGACGCCGGAAGGGUUCGGGUACGUGGCGGGCGGGGCGGGGGCAGAGGAGACGGUGGCGGCGAACCGGGCGGCGUUUGGGAGCUGGCGGCUCGUGCCGCGGCUGCUCCGGCCGACGGGGCCGCGCGACCUGGGCGUCGAGCUGUUCGGGACGCGGUACGACAGCCCGCUCGUCAUGGCGCCCGUGGGCGUGCAGGAGGCGUUCCACGAGGACCGCGAGCUGGGCACGGCGCGCGCCUGCGCCGAGCUCGGCGUGCCCUUUUGCCUCAGCACCGCCGCCUCGUCCACCGUCGAGGAGGUCGCCGAGGCGUCGGGCGCGCGGCUCUGGUACCAGCUGUACUGGCCGCUCGACGACGACGUCACGGCGAGCCUGCUGGGUCGGGCGCGGCGCGCCGGCUGCAGCGUGCUGGUGGUGACGCUGGACACGCACUCGAUGAGCUGGCGGCCGCGGGAUCUGGACCGCGGCUUCCUCCCGUUUGCGGUCGGCAAAGGCAACGCCAUGGGUUUCUCGGACCCCGUGUUUCGGGGCAAGUUUGCGGCACAAGUUAGACAAGGCGGCGAGGAGGAUGAGGACCUCGCCACGCCCGAGGGGAACCCGGUCGCGGCCAGCUUGGCAUGGACGGCCGAGGUCUUCAGCGGCUACGCGCACCGGUGGACGGAGCUGGCCAAGCUGCGGAGUAUGUGGGGCGAGGGGAACCCGAUCGUGCUCAAGGGGAUCGUGAGCGUCGAGGACGCCAGGCUCGCCAUGGAGCACGGCAUGGACGGAAUCGUUGUGUCGAACCACGGUGGCAGGCAGCUGGAUGGAGCCGUGGCAGCGCUGGAUGUACUGCCAGAGAUUGUCGACGCCGUGGGCGGGAGCAUGACGGUUCUGUUUGACUCGGGCGUUCGGUCUGGUGUCGACGUCAUGAAGGCGCUUUGUUUGGGGGCCAAGGGGGUUUUGGUCGGGAGACCCGUCAUAUACGGCCUCGGGAUAGCAGGCAAGGAGGGCGCCCAGCAUGUCCUCGCCGGUAUACUCGCCGACCUUGAUCAGUCAAUGGGUCUCGCCGGGGUCAAAAACAUAAGCGAACUCACGCGGGACAGGUUACGGAGGACACCAGCAGCUAAAGCUCUACUCUGA